UAACCGUCAAAAAAAGAAGCCAGCCAGCCAGACUCCUCCUACCCUCCCUUUCUGGCGGAAAAUCUUAAAAAGAAGCCAGCCAGCCAGACUCCUCCUACCUCCCCUUUCUGGCGGAAAAUCUUAAACUCCCAGGGCAGCGCUGUGUACUAGCUUUUCUCCUCGGAGUUUCAGGGACGUGGCCUAGACCUACUGAGGCUGCUCACCCCGAACCACUUCAUUUUCACUUUCAUUAUCUCUAGUCCAGCUUAGAAUGGGGCAGGGCAGCAGAGGUGGCUGCGAUGGCCGAGACUACCCGCUGCCGGCUGGUUCGGCACUUGGAGCACCUGACUUCCGAGGAGCUGAAGAAAUUCAAGCUGUACCUGGAGGACAGUCUCCCCAGGGGGCACCUGGAGGGGGCGGAUCUCACAAAAGUGGCCGAUAGCCUGGUCACUUCUCACGGGCAGCAAAAGGCCUGGAAGCUGGCUCUGAGCAUCUGGGAGAAGAUGGGCCUGAUGGAGCUGUGGGAGAGAGCCAGGAAGGGGGAUCUUGAAUCAGUUCCUGCCCCAGCUCUUCCAGCUCCCCCAGCACUUAGUCUGAGGCAGGGCAGCAGAGGGGGCUGCGAUGGCCCAGACUGUCCACCGCUGGUUGGUUCGGCACUUGGAACACCUGACUCAAGAACAGCUGAAGAAAUUCAAGCUGCACUGGUGGACAAUCUCCCCAGGGGCUCCCUCGAGGGGGCCGAUCACAGAAAAGUGGCCGAUCUCCUGGUCAGUUCUCAUAGGCAGCAAGAGGCCUUGAAGAUUGCUCUGAACAUCUGGGAAAAGAUGGGCCUGUUGGAGCUGUGGGAGCGAGCCAAGAAGGAGGAUCUUGGAUUAGUUCCUGCUCCAGUUCUUCCAGAUUCCUCAGGUGAAAGAAAUAAGUACCAAGAACAGAUGAGAGAGAAAUUCCAGUUUAUGAAGGAAAAGAACUCUCAUCCUGGGGAGCAUGAACUCUUUCACCACCAAUACACCCAGCUGCUGCUUCUUCAGGAGUACUGUUACAAGGAGAAGAAACAACAUGAGCUCCUAGUCCAAGGAUGGGAAUGUGCUAUGGUCAUGGAGAAGCGAGGACGGCUUACAGACAUGUCAGCUUUCUUUGAUCCUGAUGAAAAAACAGGCACCCAACCUUAUACUGUUGUGGUGCAGGGAGCUGCUGGUAUUGGGAAGACCACUUUGACAAUUAAUAUGAUGUUGGACUGGGCAGAGGGAAAACUCUACCAGAAGAGGUUCAACUAUGUUUUCUAUCUUAGUUGCAGAGACUUGAACCCAUUAGGCGAGAGAAAAAUCAGGUUUGCUGAUUUAAUUGCCAGUGACUUACCUGACCAAGAGGCUGCUAUGAUAGAGAUCAUGUCCCAGCCAGAGAGACUUCUCUUCAUCAUUGAUGGUUUAGAUGAACUGAAAUUCCCUUGUAAUGAGGACAAAUAUCUGUGUAAAGAUUGGAAGCAGCAGAAGUCGGUGUCCAUCCUACUGAGCAGUUUACUAAGGAAAACCAUGUUCCCUGAAGCCUCCUUGCUGCUCACUACAAGACUCACUGCUUUGGGGAAAUUUAGUUCUUUGUUAGAGAAUCCACGUCAUGUAGAGAUCCUGGGCUUCUCUGUGGAGCAGAGGAAGGAGUAUUUCUGCAAAUUUUUCAGAAAUGAGGCUUUAGGUGAAAAAGCCUUUAGUUUAGUAAAAGGCAAUGGCACACUGUUCACCAUGUGCUCUGUUCCCCUGGUGAACUGGAUUGUCUGCACUUGUCUGAAACAACAAGAGGAGAGAGGACAAAAUCUCAUCCAGGUUUUGAAAACUACCACUGCCCUAUACAUGUGUGAUCUUUCCAAUAUGAUUACACGUGAUGACAAGAAUUUUGAGUCUCAGCACUUGAAGGGCCUUUGUCGAUUGGCUGCUGAGGGGAUCUGGGAGAGGAAACUGCUGUUUGAGGAGGAGGACCUGAGGAGGCAUAACAUAAAGGCAGCUGAUGUCUCUGCCUUCUUAGACAUGAACAUUUUUCAGAAAGACAGCAACUGUGAAAACUGCUACAGCUUCAUUCACUUGAGUUUCCAAGAGUUUUUUGCUGCCAUGUUCUAUGUGAUGAGCACAGACAAGGAAGGGAUGGAGAGCCCUGACUCCUCCAUUCCAGAUGUCAAAAAACUUCUGGACGAGUGUAGCCGGCAUGAUGUCAGUUUUGUUGUCCUGGUGGCGUGCUUCCUUUUUGGCUUCCUAAAUGCAGAGACAGCAAGGGAGCUGGAGAGGAACUUCAGGUGCAGAAUGUCACCGGAAAUCAAGUCACAGUUACUACAGUGGGUUGAGGGAGAAGCCAAAGGAAAAUAUGAAAAAUACUUUUCUUUGAAGACUAUUUUCCCAGAAUACUAUUCUCAUUUAUAUGAGACGCAAGAUGCUGAGUUCGUAACACAGGCACUAGUUAAGAUCCAAGUAAUCAAAGUAAAUGUUAGGUACCUCUAUGAGGCCCUGAAUGCAGCUUUCUGCAUUAAGCACUGUCCUGGGGCACAGAGAAUUUUCUUCUUCUUCAGCCAGGCUCGUGACUCUGAAGCCCAUGUUGAUGGUGCGGAGAACAGUUAUGAUUUUAAUUUUGUUUUACCUGCUGAUGUUUGGCAAGAUCUCUCCUCUGUGGUCAACAAGAAUCAGAAUCUGAAAGAACUCCAGCUGACCUGCAUUAGAUUUGCUGAUUCACAUAUGGAAAACUUUUGUGUGGAACUAAGCAAUCCAAACUGUAAACUGGAAAAACUGACUUUGAAAGGCUUCAAGGUAACUUAUUCCUGUUGUCAGUAUCUCUUCUCUGCUCCCAGUUUGAAAAGCCUACACUUGAGAGCUAUUUUAUUUAAGGAUGACGGCAUGAAGCUGCCAUGUGAGACCUUGGGAAAAAAGAACUGUCAGCUGCAGACACUAAGAAUAACUCAUUCUCAGAAAUUUGGUGUUUGUGUUCUGGAUUUUUUUUCUGCUUUUGGCAACUGUGAGAGCCUGAAAACCUUGGACCUGAGUUGUACUUACCUUGAGGAGGGUACAAUAAAACGUCUAUGUAAUAUCCUGACAAAACAGGAGUGUAAACUACAGACACUAAGUUUGUCUAGGUGUCAUCUUACUCCUGCAUGUUCCCAGAAUCUCUUCUCUGCUCUCAGUAGCAACGAGAGCCUGAAAGACUUAGAUCUGAGUCGAAAUUCCUUUGAGGAGAGGGAAAUAAAAUUUCUGUGUAAGGCCUUGGAAAAUCAAAACUGCAAGUUAGAGAAGCUGAGUUUGGCGUGGUGUCAUCUUACUCCUGCAUGUUCCCAAAAUCUCUUUUCUGCUCUCAGUAGCAAUGAGAGCCUGAAAGACUUAGAUCUGAGUCGAAAUUCCUUUGAGGAGGGGGAAAUAAAAUUUCUGUGUAAGGCCUUGGAAAAUCAAAACUGCAAGUUAGAGAAACUGAGUUUGCGGUCUUGUAAUCUUAACCCUACAUGUUCUCAGAAUCUCUUCUCUGCUCUCAGCAACAAUGCAAGCCUGAAAGACCUAGAUCUGAGUGAAAAUUCCUUUGAAGAGUGGGAAAUAAAACUUCUGUGUAAGGCCUUGGAAAGUCAAAACUGCAAGUUAGAGAAACUGAGGCUUUGUCUGACUGAAUCAAGCAAAGACAUGAAAAAAGAGCUUGAAACCCUGUUGAAGAGAAAGCGUUCUUUGGAAAAAAUGGAGACAAUUCCUGAUGUUGACAUGAAAAAAGAGGAUUAUCUUAAUUUCCCACUGGAGCUUCAGAGUUCCACAUCAGGAGAAGUAGCCCCACAAACAAAGUCAGAAGUGACUUCCUCACUGUCCUCUUUUGAUCCUUUAAAAGAUGAACAGUUAGACCUGGAGAGGUGCCACAAUAAGUUUCUGGGACCAAAUGGACCAGUAAAGCUUGAAUUGAUAAACAAGAACAGAAACAUAUACAGAGUUCAUUUACCUAUGGCUGGCUUCUACCACUGGCCUGAUACUGGACUUGGUUUUUCUGUAAGAAGUGAAGUAACUGUUGACAUUGAAUUUGGUACCUGGAAUCAACACCUGGAUUGGACUCAGAAGCAAAGCUGGAUGAUUACUGGCCCUCUAUUUCAUAUCAGAGUCGAUCCCGGGGUUGUGACUUCUGUACAUCUCCCUCAUUUUGUGUACCUCCAAGGAGGAAAAUUUGAUGUCUCCUUGUUCAAAAUUGCCCACUUUAAAGAGGAGGGUAUGGUCCUAGAGAAUCCAACAAGAGUGGAGUCAUCUCAUGCCAUCCUGGAAAACCCUAGCUUCUCUCCCAUGGGAGUUCUGCUGAGAAUUAUGCAUUCUACCUUUAAAUUCAUUCCCAUUUAUUCCACUACUCUGAUAUACUGCCAUCUCCGGGCUGAGGACAUCACAUUCCACCUGUAUCUGAUCCCCAGUGACUGUACAAUAAGGAAGGCUAUAGAUGAAGAAGAAGCAAAGUUCCACUUUUUACGCUUGCAUAAGCCAUCUCCAGUAACCCCACUCUACAUUGGCUCUCGUUUCUUAGUAUCUGGAUCAAAACACUUGGAAAUAAUGCCUGCAGAACUAGAACUCUGCUACCGGAGUGCUGGGGAGUGUCAAUUGUUCUCUGAGAUUUACUCCAGCAAUGUGAAGGAGAAAAUCAGUUUGGAUUUGAGACACCCAGAUGGGACGCUGGUCUGGGAGACACUGGUGAGAUCAGGAGAUCUUCAACUUGCACUUGCUUGUGCCCCGGGCUCUUAAGCUCCCACAGGGCUUCACUUUGUUGACCAACACAGGGAUCAGAUAAUUUCUCGGGUAACAGCAGUGGACAUGAUCCUCGACAAACUUUACCACAAAUUCCUCAGUAAUGAGGAUUAUGAGCACAUACGGGCAGAGAAAACUAACCCUGAUAAAAUGAGACAACUAUUUAGUUUUAGCACAUCUUGGGACAGGAACUGCAGAGACUAUCUGUAUGAGGUCCUAAAAGAGACACAUCCUCACCUGAUGAAUGAAAUUCAGAAUACUCAAAAGCAUCAGUGAGAAAGUCACUGAGGGCUAAUGACAUUGCCACUUCUCCUUACAAGAUUAAUUAGGCUAAUGUCCAGUCACUGAGCAGCAGCUGAUGAAAAUUUUUACAAUGUUCAAAAAUGGACUAGAGCAAUGUAGAGCACGAGACUGUGGUUAUGUUGAAAUUUAAUU